ACAAAAUUUUACCGGGAAAUCUGCUUCGUCAACGUCGCUGCCGAAGCAUUAGAAGGAAUAUUUAUGAUAGAAGUCAUUAAGCGUGUUUUUCAGUCAGCCAAACUCCUAAGCGACACCCUGGUUUUGUUUUACAUCUGCUAGAGUUAUUAUGGACGAAUAUGACGAGUUGUUCGAGGUUGAGGAUGACUUCGAGGAUCGGUUCGCCGACGAGCUGGAAGCUUUGGCUGAUAUGGAGAAAGAAUCCUCCAGGUUGGGAAAACGCCAGCAGCAGGACAUUUCUGACAUAGAGCAUCUACUGGAUGAUCAACCCACCACGCCAAAGGCAAAGCGGCAGAAACAGGAAGCGGGAGUGGUCAAACGGCUCUUCAACCCAGCCAAAGAGAGCAAACACUCGUCACAGCGAGAUGACAUCACACCGCCGUCCUCUCCAGAGCAUUACGAACCCUCUGACGCCAUCAGGUCUACCUCGGCUCUGUUGGAUAUCAGCGGUUUGGCUUCAAUCCCAGAGACUCCUGCACGACCUCCCACAGCGGCUCCAGCCUCGCUGCACGUUCUGAGACGACCUCCUUUAGAGGGAGAGUUCAUCACUGUGACAGACUCCUCUGGGAGUCGAGUCUACCUCAGACAGAGAGAAGACACGGGGACAAAGGUGGUGGAAUCCAGAAUUGUACCAAACUCCCAGGGUUCACUGGGGCUGCUGGCGGUGCCUAUAGGUGUGUUGAGAGAACAGGAGGCAGACAGGAGGCACCAGCAGGUAAUAGAGGAAUCUCAGCGUCUUACAGACCUGCUAACCAGCAGUGUGAAUGAUGUGAUUGUUGAGCCUGAGAGCAGAGAAGAUGAAGAGAACGAAGAUCCUGAGGACACAGAGGGUCGAAAAUCCAGACUCUGGGUGGACAGAUUCUCCCCUCGACACUACACUGAGCUGCUCAGUGAUGAUUUCACUAACCGCUGUCUGCUCAAGUGGCUGAAACUCUGGGACACUGUUGUGUUCGGGAGAGAGAGGAAGUCCCGUCCUGUUCGUUCUGACAGACAGGCUCCCAAUCAGAACUCAUUCAAACCCAAUCAAACCAAUCAGAAUCCAAAUCGCUUCAAGAGCAAGAUAGAAAUGACAGAGGAGCUGCUGGAGGCCGAGCUGGACCAGUACAAACGACCCAAAUUCAAGGUGGCGAUGUUGUCCGGUCCUCCUGGCUUGGGGAAAACUACCUUGGCCCAUAUUAUAGCAAAGCAUGCUGGGUACAAUGUUGUGGAGAUCAAUGCCAGUGAUGAUCGAAGUGCAGAGGUGUUUCAGAAACGCAUCGACACUGCAACACAGAUGAAGUCAGUUUUGGGAGCCAACGAGAAGCCAAACUGCCUCAUUAUUGACGAGAUCGAUGGAGCACCAGCGGCAGCGAUCAAUAUUCUGUUAGCGACCCUGAACAGGAAAGACGGGGCUGGCGGGGAGGCAGCCACAGAACCAUCGAAGAAGAAAAAGAAGAAAGAGUCCAUCUUGCUUCGACCAAUCAUCUGCAUCUGUAACGACCUUUAUGUUCCAGCUCUCAGACCGCUCAGGCAACAGGCCUUCCUCCUCAGUUUUCCCCAGACUCAACCUUCUCGCCUUGCACAGAGACUGACAGAGAUCUCAGUCCGACAGGGGAUGAAGGUGGACACGGGGACUCUGAUGUCUCUAUGUGAGAAGACAGACAAUGACAUCAGGUCAUGCAUUAACACACUGCAGUUCCUCCACGGGCGUGGUCUGAAGAAGGUGGACACCAGGACUAUCCAGAGUGUUUCUGUGGGGCAGAAGGACCAAAAUAAAGGCUUGUUCCAUCUGUGGCAGGAGAUCUUCCAGUUACAGCGAUUCAAACGGAAGCGUAUCGGCGAAGGGUUUGAGGAGGCACCUGGUUCAGGAGGUGGAGCUCAGAGGUUUCAGAACAUUUUACACCUGGCUUCAUCAAGCGGAGAGUAUGAAAAAGUUUCUCAGGGUCUGUAUGAUAAUUAUCUGUCCAUGCGUGUGAGGGAUCCAAACAUGGAGAGCGUGUGUGAAGCUCUGGAUUGGCUGAUGUUCACAGACAGGCUCAACCACGUGAUUCUGCACGGACAGAACUUCUCUCUGAUGAGAUACCUGCCCUUCAUGUCCGUCACCUUCCACUUUCUGUUUGCUCACACAAACGUGCCACGUAUCAGCUAUCCUCACAGCCAGCAGGAGGCUUCCUCUCGCCUCGUCGGCAGCAAGAAUGCUCUAACCACGAUGUUGGCUGACAUCCCAGCAUGCUUCAGAACGAGGAUCAGUCAGAUGAGCCUGACCCUCGAUAUCCUCUCUCUCCUCCUCGACAUUAUCUGCCCCAAACUACGACCUGUGAAUCCGCAGCUCUUCAGCAGCAGAGAGAAGGAGCAGAUGAGAGAGCUCAUCGACUCCAUGCUGGCUUACAACCUCUCAUACAGGCAGGACCGCACUCCUGAGGGACAGUACACAUACAUCCUGGAGCCGCGUGUUGAGGAGGUGGUGAGGUUUCCGGGCCUUCCUCCACGGCGUCAGCUGACAUAUCAGGCCAAACAAACGAUCAGCAGAGAGAUGGAGCUGGAGAAGAUGAGGAGAGCCGAGCAAAUGAUGCUGCAGAGAAACCCUGCAGGGAAGAAGGAGGGAGAGAAAAAGAACGCGGGUCCUAAACCAACCAGGAACCACGAGCAGAGGCUGGAGAACAUCGUCAAACAGACUACAGUGGAGAGCCGGCCCGAGGUGGACUUCUUCGGUCGAGCCGUGGCCCCCAAACCUCAGAAACCUCAGCCGUCAGCUGACUCAGGUGAGAAGUGUGCGGUUCAGUCCAUAGGAACAGCGGUGGGCAACAGUGACGUUUGGUUUCGCUUCAAUGAGGGAAUGUCCAACGCUGUCAGACGAAAUGUUUACAUCAGAGAGCUGCUGUAACACAAAACACACUUAAAUACACACUUUCACCCCUUUUCACAUCUGAAUGAAUCCAACAAAUUCCACUGUUAAAUUCAAAACAGUCUUUAUUUUGAUUGACAGUGUAAAGAGCCAAUAAAAACGUGUUGUUGAA